UCGGUCUGCCUGUCCAUCCGUCUGUCUGUCUCUGUGUCCAUCUGUCGGUCUUUCUGUCUGUCCAUGUGACCGUCUGUCCGUCCACGUUAUCUGUCUGUCCAUCUGUUUGUGUGUCCAUCUUUCUGUCCGUUUGUCCAUCCGUGUGUCCGUCUGUCUGUCAAUAUUUCCGUCCUUGUAUCUGUCCGUUUUUCUGUGUGUCCAUCUGUCUGUCCAUCUGUGUGUCCGUUUGUCCAUCUCUGUCCAUGUGUCUGUCUUUCCAUCUGUCUGUCUGUCUCCGUCUGUGUCCAUGUGUCUGUCCGUAUGUCUGUCCAUCCGUGUGUCUGUGUCCAUCUGUCCGUCCACGUGUGUCUGUCCACCUUUCUGUAUGUGUGUCCAUAUUUCUGUCCGUCUGUCCAUCCAUGUGUCCAUUGGUCAAUCUCUCUGUCCGUGUGUCUGUCUUUCCAUCUGUCUGUCUCCAUCUGUGUCCAUCCGUCUGUCUGUCCAUCUGUGUCCGUUUGUCCAUCUGUCCAUCCACCUGUGUGUGUCCAUCUUUCUGUCUGUUUAUCCGUAUGUCCAUCUGUCCAUCUCUGUGUCCAUUUGUCAGUCUCUCUGUCCAUGUGUCUCGUGUCCAUCUGACAGUUCUUCUGUCUCUCUGUGUCUGUCUGUCCAUCCAUCUGUCCGUUUGUCAAUCUUUCUGUCCAUGUGUCUGUCUGUCUUUCCAUCUGUCUCCGUCCGUCUGUCCAUCCGUCUGUGUCUCUCUGUGUCCAUCUGUUGGUACUUCUGUCUGUCUGUGUGUCUGUCUGUCCAUCUUUCUGUCCAUCUAUCCAUCUAUGUGUCCGUUUGUCUGUCCAUCUGUUUGUGUCCAUAUUUCUGUCCAUUUGUCCAUCCAUGUGUCCGUCUGUCCGUCAAUCUCUGUCCUAGUGUCUGUCCGUCUUUCUGUGUAUAUCUGUCCGUGUGCCUAUCCAUAUGUCUGUCCGUCUGUCCAUCCGUGUGUCCGUUUGUCCAUAGUCUGUGUGUCUCUGUGACCAUCUGUCCGUCCAUGUGUCUGUCUGUCCAUCUUUCUGUCUGUCUGUCCAUCUGUUUGUGUCCAUCUUUCUGUCUGUUUGUCCAUCCCUGUGUCCGUCUGUCCAUCUAUCCAUCCAUCCGGCAAUCUCUCUGUCCUUGUGUCUGUCCGUUUUUCUGUGCUUAUCUGUCCGUGUGUCCCUUUGUCAAUCUUUCCAUCUGUCUGUUUCUGUGUCCAUGUGUCCGUACAACUGUCCAUGUGCCUGUCCAUCCAUCCGUCUGUCCAUGUCUGUCUGUCCAUCUGUGUGUCCGUCUGUCAAUCUCUCCUUCCUGUGUCUGUGUCCAUCUGUGCGCCGAGGCCUCCUCCCGCCGUGCCGGAGCCGCCGCGGGGCCGCACCGCCGCCUCUCCGCGUACGACCGCGCAAUAAAGGUGUUCCUGAGCCACCGCGCUGUGGGCGCUGCCUCGGGGGGGGGUGGUGGGGGGCAGCAGCACUCACCGUCCGCACAGGGGACCGAUCCUCCUCCCUCGACGGCCGCCGGCCGCGACCUGGCCCGAGACACUCCCCGCGCACUGCCGGGGGUGGGGGGGCAUGGAGGGACCCGGCCCGCAGCACACGCGCCGUCACGUAUUUAUUACGGUGCGCGACAAAAUGAGCACCGCAAACCCGCGCCGCCCUCCCCGCGGGCACCGGCCCCGGACGCUGGGGGCGAGGGGGGUGCCGGCAGCGGCCGCGCUCACCGCUGCCGGGGCGCCUUCCCCAGGCCCUCCCGCUGCCCGUCACCCCCACAGCAGCGCAGACUCCGCUCCAAGCGAGCCGGGGGGCGGCGGCUCGGGCCGGGCCUGCAGGGAGCCGGGUACGGGUCACCGGGGGCUCUGUUCCCGCUGUGCCCCGCGGCCGCUUGGGCACAUCCUGGGGCCGCUCCACGUGGCGUUCCCAAGCAGCGCUCCCCAGCACAAGCUCAGGCCGGAACGCAGGCAGAUUCCGGUGACCGUAACCACCACGAAGCUGCUUCCCCUCCGACCUCUUAA